AUGGCGGCUGGGGGGAAGCGAGGAGGAAUGAAGCGGCUGCGGCAGGUCGCAGUGAACGAGAAGAACAUCUUCGAAUGGCACUACCUGCUGGAGGGACCAAAAGAGACUCCCUACGACGGGGGUUGGUACCAUGGGAAACUGAUCUUCCCUCCGGAGUACCCCUUCGCUCCUCCUGGUAUAAUGAUGCAUACCCCCAGCGGGAGGUUCGAGACGAACAUGAGACUCUGUCUGUCAAUGAGUGACUACCAUCCUGAGUCAUGGCAGCCAUCGUGGUCCGUUGCCACGGUGCUCCAGGGGCUCCUAUCGUUCAUGACUGGAAAGGAGAUGACAACAGGAGCGAUCGAAACUUCUGAUGAGGAGAAGAAAGCGCUGGCUCUUCGGUCUAUGGAGCAUAACCUCCGGAACCCUGUUUUCAUACGCAUGUUUCCUGAUGCAGAGGAGCGGGAGAGAAGAAGACGGUGA